AUGAAGCUGCUUCUUUCUCUGACUCUGAUCUGGACGCUCUCCAGCACAGGUGAAGCACUUGUGUGUCAAACUUGCACAACUAGUGCCUGUACAGCCACAGUACCAAAGACAUGUUCCUCAGAGACGAUGUGUAUAACAGCCGCCAUUCAAGCCACUUCAGCUGGAACGUCAGUACAGCAAAUCUUCAAGGCGUGUGCAUCGUCCUCCUUGUGUCCAGCCACGGGCUCUCAGACAUUUUCAGUCAACCUGGGUGUUUCCAGUUCACUUGCAUCUGCUCUCUGCUGCGACACAGAUAACUGCAACUCAGCCACUCUACCUUUCCCGGCUGUUCCGGCAGAUAACCGCCUACAGUGUAACUCUUGUAACCCCGUCACCUCUGAAUGUAAUAUUCCAUUACAAUGUAAAGGAACAGAAGAUCUCUGCUUUCAAGCUACUGUGACCAAUGGGGCAACAUCUUCUCCAGCCUAUGGCUGUGCAUCUAAAAACUUGUGUGCAGCUGCUUCCAGCCUGGGGACGCUACCGUUCAUGCACAAUGUUGGCACCAUCACAGAUGGACCAACAACUACAGUUACAACAACAACAACAACAACUACAUCCCCAACAAUAACAACAACAGUUCUAACAACAACAACUUCAAUUCCAACUACAACUACUACAGUUACAACAACAAAAACAACAACAACUACAGCCCCAACGACAAUAACUACAUUUCCAACAACAACUACAGCCCCAACUACAACAAUUACAGCCCCAACGACAACAACUACAGUUCCAACAACAACAACUACAGUUCCAACAACUACAUCCCCAACGACAACAACUACAACCCCAACGACAACAACUACAGUUCCAACGACAACAACUACAGUUCCAACAACUACAUCCCCAACGACAACAACUACAACCCCAACGACAACAACUACAGUUCCAACAACAACAACUACAGUUCCAACAACUACAUCCCCAACGACAACAACUACAACCCCAACGACAACAACUACAGUUCCAACGACAACAACUACAGUUCCAACAACUACAUCCCCAACGACAACAACUACAGCCCCAAUGACAACAACUACAGUUCCAUCAACUACAUCCCCAACGAAAACAACUAAAGCCCCAACGACAACAACCACAGUUCCAACAACAUCAACAACUACAGCCCCAAUGACAACAACUAAAGCUUCCAACAACAACAACUACUACAGCCCCAACGACAAUAACUACAGCCCCAAUGACAACAACUACAAUCCAACAACAGCUACAGCCCCAAUGACAACAACUACAGUUCCAACAACUACAUCCCCAACGACAACAACUACAGUUCCAACAACAAAAACAACUACAGACCCAAUGACAACAACUACAGUUCCAACAACUACAUCCCCAAUGACAACAACUAUAGCCCCAACAACAACAACUACAUCCCCAACGACAACAACUACAGUUCCAACAACAACUACAGACCCAAUGACAACAACUACAGUUCCAACAACUACAUCCCCAAUGACAACAACUACAGCCCCAACAACAACAACCACAUCCCCAACGACAACAACUACAGUUCCAACAACAACAACAACUACAUCCCCAACAACAACAACUACAGUUACAACAACUACAUCCCCAACACCAACGACUACAGCCCCAACAACAACAACUACAGUUCCAACAACAACUACAUCCCCAACAACAACAACUACAGUUACAACAACUACAUCCCCAACAACAACGACUACAUCCCCAACAACAACAACUACAUCCCCAACAACAACAACUACAGUUACAACAACUACAUCCCCAACAACAACAACUUCAGCUCCAACAACAACAACUUCAGCUCCAACAACAACAACACCGGUUCCAACGACAACAUCUCCAGUUCCAACGUCAACAACUACAUCCCCAACGACAACAACUCCAGCUCCAGUGACAACAACUCCAGCCCAGUCGACAAGAUCUUCAGUUCCAACAACAAAAACUCCAUUUCCAACAAAAACAAUGACAGUACCAACAAAAACAACUUCUACAGCCCCAACGACAACAACUACAUCCCCAACAACAACAACUUCAAAUUCUGAACAAAAAUGGACGAAGGACCUUUGA